GCAAAUUUCCGUCCACUGUUGAAGUUACGCAAGAAAGCAGUCGUGCACCCUUGCCGUCGGGUUUAUUCGAUUUUCAAUCACAUUUUGUAAAAAAAAAAAUGUUGCGAUUUGUAGGAAGACAAGCAAAUAGUAUUGCAAGAAGUUGUUUGCGACCACGCACUGCAGCUGUAAGUCAAAAUAUCCGUGCUUCGCACGGCGAGCCGGAGGAAAGCGAAGAGGAAUUUAACAAGCAAUACGUGAAUUAUCUAAGUCGGCCAAAUAUCGACAAAUGGGAAAUUCGCCGAGUUUGGAACAAAUUGGCUGGCAUGGAUCUUGUACCUGACCCAGUUAUUAUUUGCGCAGCAUUAAAGGCUUGCAGACAGUUAAAUGAUUUUGCCCUUGCUAUCAGGAUUUUGGAAAUUGUGAAGGACAAAUGUGGAAACAGACUUAAUGAAAUUUAUCCCUACAUUCUGCAAGAAAUCAGACCCACUUUAGAUGAAUUAGGUAUCAACACACCAGAAGAACUUGGUUACGAUAAGCCUGAAUUAGCGCUUCAAUCUAUUGAUGAUAUACAUUAAUUAUUUAUUUAAAAUUGAUAAACAUAGUAUUUAUGUUUAGAGGUGCUUACUAUUAGAUGUCAUAAAUAAACAAAAAAUCAGGACAAAAGAAUAAUUAUUAUCAUGUGUAUUACGAAAUAUCAAUUUCGAUAAAUUUUUACCAUGAUAUGUUACACCUGUUUCGUACACAAAAGCACAUUGUUUAUGAAUUUAAAAAAUAUACAAAACAGAUGUUAUUUAUAUAUUGUUCUUCAAGAUUAUUAAGAUAAACGAAACAAAAUGAUA